UCUCCAAACAUGGCUUCACAAUAAAUUGUUUUCUAAAACAUAGCUUCCUAUGAAUCCCAUCUCUUUCUCAUUCUCUUCAUUUCUUAUAUUUUGAUUUCUUCCAUCUCUGCAACACUAGAUCAUGAUCAUAUAAUCUUAGAUGAUCCUGAGGUAUUGAAAAAAGGUCCUACACUUGAUAGAUAUAUGGCCUCACAUCACAAGUUAUUCAAGUUAUUCUUGUUUUUUAAAGUAGUAGUGCAUGAGUUCCCUCACCUAUAGUCCUCCAAAUACAUUAUCUUUCUUCCUUAUUCUCUUAUCCUUCUUGUUCAUGAUUCUCAACUCUCAAGUCUAUAAGACAUAUCCUAGAUUUCUCAAAUAGUGAAAUUAACAAAGUAUGCAUAUAUACAUGCAUGCAUUGUUAACCUUUACUUGAUAUCCAUCCCUUCUCUACAUAUAUACACUCACACACUCAAAGCUAAUAGCAAACCCUAACCAUGCAUGGCUCAAACACAUUCAUGCAAGUUUUCUUCAAGAAAUGGCUUCUAGGUCUCAAACAUGGUGGCAUAUCAAGCAAGAACAUGAGCUUCCUUGAGAGGAAGAGAACCAUCAAGGUCUCCUCCGACAUUGCCAUGGCUUUUGCUAAACAUGGCAGGACUUGGAGCCAAGCUCUCGUCACCAACCUCUCCAAGCAAGAAGAAAACAAAGCCAUGGUGAAUGCCAUCUUUGAAGAUGUUGAAUACCAUAAGAAAAAGUCAUCAUCAUCAUCAUCACCAAGAUAUCAUGAUAAGCCAUGCUACAACACAAGAAGCAAGAAGAUACUAAGAAGAAGCCUUCAAGUGUGUUCAAUGGUGAGGAAGAGAAGGCACAAGAAACCAUCCAAUGGAGUUGUAGCAAUGAUUCUAGCAAAAGAUUUAGUGAAGAAGAGAACCAAGCUUCUCAAAAGGCUUGUACCAGGAGGAGACUCCAUGGAUGACUUCUCUUUGUUGGAUGAAACCUUUGAUUAUAUCAUCUCACUUCAAGCUCAAGUAGAUCUAAUGCAUCUUUUGGCAAAAGUUCUUGGAGUCUUAAAUACCAAGGUAAAAGAAAAGAGAGAUAAGAGAUCACUGUGUGGUUACAAAUGUUGUCAAAUGAGGAAGUGAUUCAAGGAGCUAGUACUGCUUCGGCUCAACAAACUCUUCAUGCUUCUUUUCUAUGCUUGUGUAUAGUUGGAGAAAUAAUUAAAGGUGUUUCCUAUAUAUAUAUAUAUAUAUAUGUUUGUCUAAUUAAUUGAGAGGAAUUAAUUAAGUGCUUUUUUUUUUUACUUAAUUAAGAAUAU